AUGGCGGACUGCGCUCCACUAUUAGAUGAGGAACUCUCGUCCUUUGUCUUCAAUUACCUGACAGAAAAUUCCGGCAGCCAGUAUGGGGAGGAGGAGGUGUGUUCGGACCGAUUGGACACUGACUUCCCGGACAUCGACCUCUCCCAGCUGGACACCAGUGACUUCGACAGCGUCAACUGUCUCAGCGAGCUACAGUGGUGCAAUGAUCAGCCAGCAGAUGCUUCACCCGCCUCCAUCCACUACAGUACAGCAGAUGAGCUCUUUGAGAUAGAAGAGGAGAAUGCGGCUCUACUGGCCGCUCUGACCGACAGCUUGGAUGGCAUGGUUGAUGCAGAAGUGGGCGGGCUCUCCGUCUUCCCUGCCCUGGGGGAGGAGCCUGACCAGGAGGAGGAAGAAGAAGACAGUCUUCCUCUCAACGCCGAGGAAUUCAGCCAGACCCUGGGGGCCGAGACAGAGGACCCAUCUCUACUGAAGAAGCUGCUGCUGACUCCUCCCAAUGUGCCCUCAAGCAUCGACGCACACAAGGAUAGAGUCCCCGGCCAGCGCUACAGUAGCAGAAGCCUACAUCUGCGGCCAGUCCGACCUCUGGUCAAGAGUGGCCUUCCUCAGGAGCGCAAGCCUCGAGCUGUGCGCCCGGCGGGUCGCUUGUGCACCGAGCUACACCGCCACCUCACCACCGCCCAGGACCUGGAGGACGUCCCGGCCCCAGACACGGAGGAGGAUGAAGAAGAAGAAGAAGAGGACGAGGACAGUGAGUCCGAGGAGGAUGAAGAGGAGGAGGAAGAAGAAGAGGAGUCUUCCAGCAGUGAGGUGGAGGGCGUGGCCGUUGUGAAUGCUGCCCCUGUUGAGCCGGCAAAGCCUCAGUUCAGCUCAGAGAAAGAACUGCGCUCAGUGGUGGAGCUGAUCACAUACAUGCACACCUACUGCCUGCCACGCAAGCAGCAGGGCUGGGACCGUAAGGACCGAGACCUCCAGAGGCCUCGGGCCAGACCUGAAGCGUCCCGCCCAGCCGUGGCAAACUCCCACAGCAGAGUUGUCUUGGUGGCUACUCCAGGGACUAGUGGGGGCUUGACAGGGACAGGCAACAGUGCCCCGAGGAGACUCCCCUUUGCAAGACGAAGGGAGAUGAAGGCCAACUCCCUUCUCCGCGAGCUCCUGCAGCAGAGCAGCUCUUAUGAUGUGAGCAAGCCUUACAGACUGCACAGCCCUCCCUACUCCCACUCUCACAGCCCCAACAGAGGAGGAGCAUCUGCUCCUUCUGUCCUGGUUAAAUCAGCUCAUGCCCUCUCCCACAGCUCCGCCACACCUAAACCAGAGCUUCGUAAAGACUCUUCCUCCCCUGAGAGGAGAAACUAUUCCUCGGAGACCCUUCAAAUCCCAGAGGAGUCAGCAGAGGACAGCGGCUCCUUCUCGGUUCGUCGCUCCCGACGCCUGGCCUCCUUCCCCAGCCGGUUCGCCAAGAGGCUGCGGCCUGGACGAGCAAGGGAAGGAGAGGGGAGCAAAAGGGAGGAGAGAGAGGAGGGAAGAGCAGGGGUUAAACUCCUGCCAACCCAAGCUGGAGGUGUAACCACGACGGAGCAGGAGCACCUAACAUCAGGUGAUGGCAGCGCCAGUACGACGGAAGUGGACAAACCCUGCUGCCAUAACGAAAAGCGAGCCUGCCUCUGUCUGCCUCUCAACCCCAAGUCCAGAGGAGAGUCCCAGUACAGCACCAAGCCUUUCGAGCAGACGCUCGGUGUGGAUCUGUGUGGAACGGCAGGUCUCACCCCUCCCACCACCCCGCCCCACAAACCUGUGGAGGAUGAGCUCUUCAAACCUGCAGAGGGAGGGAAGAGUGGAGAGGGAGCAGGCGGAGGCAGCGGUGGGGACGGUGGAGGAAGAUGCAGCGAGUCAGUUCACCCAGCUGCAAACACCAACACCAACGUUUCCAUGAAGGGCUCAUCCUGGCUGAGCCGCACCCACCAUCAGCGGAAGCUUCCCGAGCAGACGGAGCUGUACGCCCAACUGCGGCGCAUGGGCCAGGCGGGUGACAGUGACAGCCACCGCACGUUCGGCGAUCACGACUACUGUGCGCUGAGCCUCGGAGAGAGCCGCAAGCGGAGCGCCGCCAUGCUCGGCGCCAUGUUGCAGGCACAAGGAGGUAGCGAUGGAGUUAGCAACUUGGCACCCAAAAUGGUCAGCGAUCAGGUUUCGGAUGCAAAGGGCACAGCGGGCGAGGAAAGGCUGCUGGUGUCGGAGGGUGAAGAACCGCUUGAGAAGCAGGCAAUGACAGUAGUGAUCUCAUCAUCGUCACGCUCAGACUGCCAGUCUGAUGCUGCCACUCCUCCAGCGUCAGAGGAAGAGGCAGAACGCUCGUCUGCGUCUCGCUCGCCUUCGCCCAUUCUCCACCUGUGUCCCGACUCGCCCGCCAGCAAGACUGACUCCAGUGAGAACUCGGAGAUCUGUCCUGACGACAAGCAGAGGAACAAAGUCAAGUCUGACGAGGACAACUGCCAGGUGUUUUACAUCCACAACCUGCCAAGCAGCGUGACCCAGAACAUGCUGAGGAAACGCUUCCAGGUUUUCGGCAAAGCAGAGGACUGCAAAGUCAUCAUCUGCAACGAGGAGCGCUGUGGGGUGAUAAAGAUCCGCCAACAAGGGCCUCAAAGGCACCGGAGGGAACGGGAGACUGUUUUCCAGAAUGGACCUGCAGGCUUAAGGAGGCUGACAAGGAAACGCUACAUAGAUCUUGAUGAGGCAGGUCCGGGUCCUGUGAAGAGCAAGUACGAUGCACUGGACUUUGACACUCUGCUGAAGGAGGCCCAGAAAUCCCUGCACCGCUGACAACACAGUGCCCCUGACUGGCCAGCCUUAGUAAACUGCAGCAUCAACUCUCUGACUACACGGCUCUGCCCUCCGACAGGCCUCUCAGUACCUCCAUGCAAGGCAACCUCGCAAAAUGUUUACAUUUUUACCAUUGGAAUAAAGUAACGAUAGGGACCUUGUUUUUUUUUAGUUUCUUUCACCGGAGGAUACUGCUUAAAAAUGAGGAAGACACUGGGCGUACGGAGGAGUUACGAGACAACCGAGGAAGUAGGACUUUAAACAGCAAUGGUACAACUACAAACAAUAACGCUACUGUUCUCUGCUGAACAACAAUAACAAAGCUGUAUGUGUUGGUGACGUCAUUGCCCGCCUUGGGGGAGCGGGCGUGAGAGACAUCUGUAGCAAAUCCUUGCUAUUCCUGCGUUGCGUUGGUCGUCGUGGUGUGCGUUUCUGCGUCUGCGUGUUCUUUGUUCUGUUUGUUUUGUAAAAAAGAAAAUAUAAAACUCCCUCUUUCCGGUUACGGGUGGUGAACCUGCAAGCUGCGUUCGCUAUGAAGUCGUGUGGUUGUAUAACCAGGAAAAAAAAAAACCCUGCUUUGUUUUAGCGAAAAAUUGUGGAUGUUAAAAAUUUUAAAAUCUAUUGUGUGUGUGUGUGUGUUAUGGACAAAGAAUAUAUAUAUAAAACAUUUAACGUAAUCAUUUGAUGACUGAUGAAGUUUACAAAUCUAAAAUGAAGAAGAAAAAAAUCAUGUUUUUUUCUUUUUUUUGUAACUGUAGUGCUUCCUUGAUUUGAUCUAUGCACUGUAAGGAGGUAAAUGUCUCCGCUGUCCUCCACUUCCCCUGAAUCUAUUCUCUAACUCUGCCAUGCUGAAUAUUUUCGCUUCUGCUACUGGCUGCUGCGGGCUUUGUUUGGUAGAUGUUUUAUACAUUAAGACCACAACUUGGACCUGGGAAAAAUUCCCCUCGAAAUCAACCAUUGUUGAACAUGUUGAGAUAUUGAUUCAGCUUAAGAACUCAUUAACAUUAUUGCAAGGAGUGACACAUGUUUCAAGCGUUACUCCUUCUGAAAUAAUUAUCUAACAGUUAAUGUCUGGGUUAAAUCCAUUUGCAGGAUUGAUCUGGUUUUAGAAUUAAGGGUUGAUUAAAAGAGGGAUGUAGUGAGAAUUGAUAGGGAAGGAAGUCAGGGGAAACUAAAUUAUCUGUUUUGAGACAGCAAAACUAACGGCUAAACCAAACCAACACAGCAGUUCCUUAGCAGUGACACAUUGACAUUUCUUUGGUCCAAAAAACAGACCCGAGGCAAAUAGAUGAUUAUUCUGUUAAUUGCUUUGGAGACUCAGCAAAUAUCCUCGACCGGAAUAUCUUCCUGGCUAAUCAGAACUUUGGUUUAAAAAGUUAACAUGGGCCUCAUAUGUUGAUUCCGGGUAUAUUUUUCCCUGUCUAGAGGGGUCUUAAUGUAUCUUUGAUAGGGUCCCACUGAACAUGUGUCAAAUACAGGCUGAAGCCUGGCGACACCCCUCGAAUGCCACAGCCAAUGCAACGGUUUCUGUUUACAUUUGGACUGCAGCAAGCAGGAAUUAAAUGGGGAAAUAAAGUUUGCUUUUAGUAAUGAACUCAGUAUGAAUUCAUCACUCCUGCACAUUUAUCCAGACCAGUCGUGUCUUCUUUCAGAUGACAUCCCUCAGUCACUACAGGCAAAAGUAUUUCAAAUCACGUUCAAUUAUUCUUUUUGGAACACUUUUUUUCUCGGUGACCUUAGAGCUUUACGUUGGAUUCAAUGUACUUAGGAGACCAAUUUUUUCUCCCCAUUGCCCACCCAUAAAACGUCAUUGUUAAGAGGUAGAUGAAUCUGUUGGUUCAAAUGGAAUGUAUUCAAGAAUCUGAAUGUAACCGCGUUUUCCCCAUUUCUGCUUGCCCAAAGAUUGUGGAGCUUUUUGGUGCUUUAAAAGGUAGACUUGCUUAGUCGUAUGGUUUACCGCAUGUGACCGAUUAUGGCUUGUGAGGCAGUCCGGUUAGCACCUAUUUUACAAUCCUAAUGCAGCCAGUAGCACCAGCCAUGAGAAGGGAGAGAGCUUCCAAGCCUGCCAAUAUGGUGGCAUCACACCGCCACCGACAACACAGCCAGGGAAGAGCAAGGGAUGGGCUUGAAAAUAGCGAAUAAAAGUUUCAGACAAGAAUCUUAAUUCUUGUCUGGGAGGUACUGUAUCAGCUGAGCAUCUCUACCUCACAUCCAUCCAUCCCUGCUCCACCUUGUCUUUUUAUUUAUCUGUUCUUCUGGAUGCUCUCCCCCCCUGUCUUUUACAAGUCUCUCGCUCUGUUGUGUUUUUUGUCUGAAAUUCUCUGUGUAAGGGUUUCCCUAACAAAUGGAGGGGUUAUGGGUAGUUUGAGGGUUUGUGUUGGAUUUUUUUAUACUACGACUCCUCCUACCACUGAGCCCCUUGCGAGGGGAAUGAUCUCUGUCUAUCUCUGACUCUUUCUUCGCUGGCCUCAUAAUGGUUUGAAGCGUAUCUGUUUCUUGGAGUCUCGACCUUGUGUCCUUGUGUAACUUGAGUGUUUUGUCUUUGUCUCGUGUUUGAGUCGGACACUGCUGACGCUUACAGGUCGGUUAGGACGGGGUGGGAGGGGUUGAACAGUGGUGGGUGGUUUGGUUAGUCCUUGAGUGCAGUUGGAGGGGAAGAUUCCCAAGCUUCCCCUUGCCCUCAUUUUCUCGUAAUCUUCAAGGACAUGCCAUUCCUACUGACUGCUCUCUUCCUCCUCUCCUAGCCCGGGAAUUUCAAGAGAAAACGCAGCCCGACUCUUCCUCUAACUAAAUCUCUAUCGCUUUUUGUCUCUGUGGGUUCAAGGCCUUGUUUCUAGGUCUUACCCAAACCCCCUGGUAUACUCCCCGCUUUUUAACAGAUAAUCCAUCUUUCCCUAACCCUGUUCCUUGUCAUUGCUCUAUCUAAUCAACUCCUUGGUAACACACACAAAAAAUUGAAUGUUUACAUCACUCGAUUCUCCUUUGACUUUAUUAGGAACGCACACUAAGUACAAAGGCGCCUUAUUCAGUGUUUUAAAAAAAAUUCAAGCAGCAAGUGAAGUGGCCAAGAGGGAGGCACCUUCUUGAGACUCACUGAUGUCCAAAACUAACUACAACAGUUUAGUGCUAUACAUACUGAUUGAGAAACAAGGUCGUCAAUUCAAAUUAAACGGAGAAAAAAAAAACUAGAAAUUUCAACAAAACUAAUUGUGAACAACUGAAUGAGUAUUUGUGCUUAGUAUGUAUACUACUAAAAAGUGAGAGAAUGUGCUGGUUUACAUAUUAAAAAAAGAAUAUAUUAUAAUAUAUGAAUAUAAAAUGUGUAUAUAGCACUAUGCCUCGUUGUAAACAUAAAUUGUAUUGUGUGUUCGUUUUUUAACGGUGGCGGGUCAUAGUUGAUUGCUAAUCAGACAGGAGACGGUCAGGUCAGUGUUGUUCUGAUGAGUUCAUGUUCGUUCAGUGCAGGGAGGAAAUUAAGGGAAAAAUUGAGUUGAAAUGACUUCACACACAAAGUCCGACACUGUUGUUCAAGAAAGACAAAAAAAGAUCCAAGUUUCCCUUUAGACUACCACACUAGCGGGUUCUAUUUCUUUGCUGUUUAUGAAAUAUUUUUCAAUGUUUUUUUUUUUGUUUUCUUAAAAAGCAAUUUAAAAUGCAAUACAUAAUAAUCUUAUCUUUAAGACAGCCUUUCCGGGGGAAAAAAAAAAAAAACCUGAGGUAAUAAUGUACAGUAUAUGGUUGGUUGUUGAACUACAACAUGGGUAAUCUUUGAGCUGCGGAUUCAAUAUGCUACUGAACUGUAUGUAGACUGCUGUUCAACACACAUACACACACACACACGCACACACACAAAAAUACACAAAUACACAAAAUACUAUGGGAAGAAAAGGGGCAGUUGCAUCGUAAACACAUAACACGUAUAGAAAAGAAAUGGUACCAAUAUACUCUUGCACAAAUAACGUCCCAAGUAGUGAAAUACCUUCACAAUAUUUUCCUCUCAUCAAAAGGAAGCUGUUGUAACUAUGUUAUUACCACAUUUUGAUGGGCACAGGUUCUGAAUUGCAUUGGACACUUACUUGUAUUACGGUAACAGCUAAUAAACUAUAGGUUUAUAACUGGUAAAGGAAGCGGGGGAUACGAAAAGGAAAGACGUGUUGGUUUGACCCGUUGAAGUUUCAGACUAGUUGAUACAGAUUAAGUCGACACUGUAGAAAACCCAAUGUGACUGCAGCACCAAAAGGAAGCGUUAGAUCAAAAGAACAGCGAUCAAACAGAAGUUACAGAAGAUACAUCGGUCCAAAUACAGUCGCUGAAAGAUCUCAGAGUUCUGCAUUUGUAAGACUUUGCAGCCUGACGUCAGAAUCGAUGCAUCAGUGAUUGUGUCGCAUCAGGCUGCUGCUCAUGCUUUAAUUUGCAAGAACAAAAAUUUAGAUUUUUUUUUGAUCAGUGAGUUUAGCAUUGAAACAGAUCCGGAGAAAACUGAAAGGUAGAGGUUGGUUGAAGAAAUGUGCCCUAAAUCCAUCCGCGUUUCUUUCUUUGAGAUGAACAUGAUUAUUGAAUUAUGGUUUCUACAUCUUGAGCGUGCAGCAUACAUUGGGAUUCCUACAGUUGCUCUUGCUGUGCUUGUGAGGGUACCGUCAUUGUUUGGAGGUGAAUGACAUCAAAACCCCAUUUUCAUCAUGGCAAGCCUUAAAACUCAAUCGCGGGGAAAACAAAGCUACCACUAGCUUUUGUUAUAACAGUUUCAACUCCUUUCCAAUCCAAUGUGGUUUUAUUAUUAAAUAAUUACUGACGUAAUUACAACUUUUUCAAUAGCCAUAUUAUAAAAAGGUAUAUACAUAUAUAUGAAUAUAUAUUUGUGUGUUUGUGUAGAUAUCUAGAUGAUUAUAUACUUUCUUAUAGAAAACUUUGAUGUUGACCAUUCUCCUCAAUGUUUUGAGAACACGUUGACACAUUUCAGCAUAAUAAUACCGCUGUCCGCUUGGUCUAGGUCCUAGGUCGAUGGACAACGAAUCCAAAUAAAUGAAAAAAAAAGUUUAAAAAAAAUAAAUAAAUGAAAAAAAAAAAAACUUCCAAAGGGAAUAACCUGUGUCAGAAUGCAAUACCUUCUUUCCACUCUUCAUUUCAGAAAAAUGGAAAAUGGCAAGAAACCCAUAAAACUUGAUAGGCAAGUUGACCAAAAAAUAAAAACCUAAACAAUAAAGAGUGUGGCUCAUGAACAAAUGUGAUGUUUUCAACAGCCACGUCAUAUUCACUUUUAUAGAUGUUGUGUUUCCAAUGGCCCACUAAAAAAAAAAACAAGUCUUUGUUUUUAUGUCAUUUCCUGUUUCUUUGGUUCAGAAAACAAUGUAUCUGUCAGCUAGCCACACCAUCAGUCGGGCCCCUACCAGGACAGGAGUGCUUGCAAUACUGACCUGAUUCUGAUUACGAGUUCCACUUCCGUGUUUGAUCACAUUUCAGCAUCAACAGUUGUAAAAUACACAGAAUCAAAUGGGUAAUCUGUUCAACUUGAUGGCAACAGUGAUGUCAAAUAGGCACUUAGUAGGGACUGCAAACUGUCAAAAUCUGCGUAAUGUGAGUGAGGUUGUUUUUUUCUUUUGGGUGGAAGAAAAUAUUUUGACAUAAAGGGCAUACAUUGUUUUUGAUGUUUUCAUGAAUAUUGAUUUUAUUGUCUAUUUACAUCUAAUGACUAUCAAAUUCACAAAUGAUUUCUCUCUUUUUUUUAACUUAGUUUUUGGUAAAAACAAAAAGGUAAAUACUGCUAGUGAGAUUUUAUAUUUUUACAUAUGUUGGUUUUAUUUUGCGUUUCUUUUUUUUUAUUUAUACGCCACUUAGUUUGGAUGUCUUUAAAUGGUGUUAUUUUCUCCGUUUUUUUGUGUGUGAUUUCAUAUGUCUUGAGAAUGGAGACAAAGGCAUUUCAGUAUUUUUGAAUUGUUAAAAUCUAGUUUCAUAGAAGCGGAAGUAUCUGAUGUUAUAAAUUAUAUUUUAAUUCAUGUAAAUAGUUUAAAACAGAAGACUAUGGCUUCCUUUUAAACUGAAUACAUUUCUCUUCAGAGAUUGUUUACAUUAUGAAACUGUAGAGAUGUGCUCCUCAUAUACUGUAUAAAGUGCAUAUAUUCAUUGAUUUGCCUCCAAAAAAUAAAAUCCUAAUGAACAGCA